GUCGACCCAAUCAAGGACUACUGUGACCCAGCCAUCAGCCCGGAUAGUCAAAACGAAUUCAAACUACUCGUAGAUGAGUUAAUUCUCCGACUUCGAGUUAUUGCGCCAGGAAUUCAUCGAGGAUAGUUCUAUUUGUUCCUUGAUUUGGACAGCAGCUGAACUAGUUCCGUUGAAACCGACAUGGAGACUCGAAAGUUGGUCGUAAAGCGACACUUGUCGGUGACCAAAUGCGAUGGGAUACCCAAAAAGAAAUCUCACCGAAAACUGGACGAGAUGCCCACCCCCUCAAAGCCCCUGGUGGUGACGCGCAGUGGUCGUGUUGUGGUAUCGCGGCCGAGCCAGCAGUUUGACUACACAGAUUCGCAGUCGGAGGGCGAUGGCGAGGAGGACUCCAAUAAUCUGUCGGUGGAUGCCGACGACGAGGAGUAUCACGGACAUAAUUUCAAGCAGCCCAAGUGGACGGGCAAGAGGCGUGGCGUAAGGAAUAGCAGCUGCAAAUCCAGUGGCACCAAUGGCAGCCACUCAUCGCCGGAGGCAGUGCCUCUACUGGUCUACCUCGAAUUGGGCGAUAGAGGCGUUAUCGUAAGGGACGAGCCACAGCAUAACGUCGUUCUGGAAGACGAUGGGGAGCUUAAAACGAAGAUGCACAAGUUUUUGGGUCUGAUGCCGUCACGCCGCAAACUUUACAAUCCUGCGAUGGCAAGCGAUAUGGAUCAAGAGAAUAAUGAGAAUGAAGUGUGCAAGGAGGAGGACUUUGUGCUCCAAGCCAAUGUCAACUCGUUUGAGGAGUGCACCUCGUACUUGGUCAAGGAGCCUAUUGAUCUAAGUGCUCUGCCCAGCGAAAAGCAGUUAGCCGCCAACUGCCGCCGCCACAAGAGUAGUGUACGCUGCCUGGAGCGGCAACCACGGCUCUACGGAUUCGUUCAGUCGCUCAGCCCGGUGAUCCCGCUCAACAAGUGCCAUCCACGGGCGCUGACCUACCGGCAAACCAAUUUCCAGCAAUGCAAAGUGGCACUGGCCAAGGUGCUGGCCAACAUGUUCAACCACGCCAUCUUCCACUGUGGCCUGCAGCUGCCAAUUAUUUGGCAGCGCUCCAUGAGCACACGGUGGAAAUGCCAGCUGGCCAUCGAUGCCUCCGGUAAGCGCACCGCCCAGAUUCUACUUCUGCGCCGCAUAGCGACCGCUCAGGAGCUCAUCCAGCUCCUGCUGCACGGGAUGUGCCAUGCGGCAGCUUUCGUGUUCAACCGCGAGUUAAGUCACGGCGUCAACUGCCGCAGAUGGGCCUACCAGGCGAAGUUGGCCUUACCAGAGUUACCCACCAUCGGAGACAACUGCUUUGGUAGCUACAAGUACACCUGCACCAUGUGCACCCGCUGCUCCAACGGCGUGGCCGACUUGAGCACGGAGUUCCUACGUUGCUCCUACUGCCAAUUCGAGGUGAGUGUGAAGCCGUGCAGCAUAGAGAUGCACGACGGUGCCCGGUCAGAUACGACUAUGACACCGUUCAAGUGCUUCAUCCGGGAAAAGUAUUUGCAGCUGGGCGAGCAGGGAGGCACCAUGCACUCCUCCAAGAUGACGCUGCUCAACCGGGAGUUCAUCCAGAUGAACUCCACGACGAGGAGUUCUUAAAGCUAAACUCCACGGGGAGCGACUUUGCAGAUCUCCUAAAAUUUUCUGAAUAUAUUUUUUAGGUACUUAAGUACAUAUGAACACCACUGAUCAUAGAAAUGCUAUUGUUACUUUUACACAACAUUGAAAGAAGUAACAAUCUUAAUAAGUUCCGUUAACAUGUUCGAAUGAAA